AUGGCCUCGCCGGGCAUGAUGCAGUCGGGCCUCUCCCGGGAGCUCUUCGAGUCCUGGUGCACCGACCCCAAGAACGGCGUCAUCAUUGCAGGCUAUUGCGUUGAGGGCACUCUGGCGAAGACGAUCCUCUCCGAGCCCGAGGAGAUCACGUCGAUGUCGGGCCAGAAGCUGCCGCUGAAGAUGUCCGUCGACUACAUCUCCUUCUCCGCCCACACCGACUACCAGCAGACGUCGGAGUUCAUAAACAUCCUGAAGCCGCCGCACGUGGUGCUGGUGCACGGCGAGCAGAACGAGAUGUCGCGGCUGCGCGCGGCGCUGCAGCGCGAGCACCGCGGCCGGCUGCAGGUGCACACGCCGCGCAACACGCAGCAGCUGGCGCUCGCCUUCCGCGGCGACAAGACCGCCAAGGUGGUGGGGUCCCUGGCCAUGGAGGAACCUUUGCCGGGCAGCCUGCUGCAAGGUAUCCUGGUCAAGCGCAACUUCAACUACCACAUAAUGGCACCCGCUGACCUCAACAAGUACACGGAGCUGACGCAGUCGGAGCUGACGCAGCGGCAGUCGAUCCACUUCGCGGGCGCGCCGGCGCUGCUGCGGCACGCCAUGCUGCAGCUGGCCGGCAACGUGGAGUUCCUCAGCGACACGCGCUGGCGCCUCUACGGCUGCGUCGACAUGCUCGUCGAACCGCCCGUCGUCACACUAGAGUGGCAGGCGCAGCCGGUGACGGACAUGUUCGCGGACGCGGCGGCGGCCGGCGUGCUGGCGGCGGCCGCGCUGCCCGCGCCCAGGGCGCCGCCCCUCGCGCCCAAGCUGGACCGCAUGCUCUUCAAGGAGUGCGCGAUAGAAAUGCUACAAGAGAUGUUCGGGGAGGAUAACGUGCCAAAGAUGUUUAAAGGAGACAAACUGUACGUUACGGUGAACGAUAAAAAAGUCGACAUCGACCUUCUCACUUUGGAGGCGCGUUGCAGCGCGGACGCGGCGCUGGAGCGGACGGUCGGCGGGGCGGUGGCCAGGCUGCACGCCGCGCUGGCGCCGCCCAGGGCGCUCCGCCCCCAGCAGGGCCCGCGCGAGGAG